AUUUUUGUUUUGGACUCCGUCUUUCACUCGACUCCAAGAGAUUAGGAAGUAGCAGACCCAGCCAGCCAGUUCAGUUACACCAAUUCAGUAUUAACCUCUUUUUAAGUAGUGCAUCAAUUCUCGGAUCAUCUUCUUCCUUCACCUCUCAAUCUCCGAAAAAUUUCCUGUUCCAUUUACUAUUUCCAAUUCCAAAUAAUCAGAAGCAAAAAAGGGAAAUUACCCAGAAAGCACCUAACCGACCAACAAAGUCUGUGUGAAAGUCUUCUCAAAAAAAAAAAAAAAGUGUGUGUGAAAGAAAUUUCUCUGAAAAGAGAAAGGCUGCUUUUUCUUCGAACUUGCCGCCUUAGAGGCUGCUUUUCUUGCAGCUUUGACAAGUUGUGCUUCCUAUAUAUGAGGCGAGGCAUAUUUGAGAGAGUUUUAGUCGCGAUUUUAGAAGGUGAAAAUGGAGAGCUAUAUUUUGAAUGACUUUGAAGUGAAACCGAAGCACUCGUCUGAAGAGGCGCUUCAGAAAUGGAGGAAGCUGUGUGGAUUUGUGAAGAACCCGAAGCGGAGGUUUCGUUUUACGGCCAAUCUCUCGAAGCGAUACGAAGCUCAGGCUAUGCGCCGUACCAACCAGGAGAAGUUAAGGGUUGCUGUUUUAGUUUCCAAAGCUGCAUUUCAAUUUAUCCAAGGCGUGCAACCAAGUGACUACACUGUACCCGAGGAAGUUAAAGCUGCAGGUUUUGGAAUUUGUGGUGAAGAAUUGGGAUCUAUUGUUGAAGGUCAUGAUUUGAAGAAGCUGAAAAUUCAUGGUGGAGUAGCUGGUAUUGCAGAAAGGCUCUCCACUUCAACCCUCAAUGGGCUUACUACUGAUAGUGAUUUGCUGAAUCGUAGACAGGAGAUAUUUGGAAUUAAUAAAUUUACUGAGAGUGAAGGGCGGAGUUUCUUGGUAUUUGUUUGGGAAGCCCUUCAAGACAUGACUCUUAUGAUCCUUGGAGUAUGUGCUUUUGUGUCUUUGCUCGUUGGCAUAGUUAUGGAAGGAUGGCCAAAAGGGGCUCAUGAUGGCCUAGGAAUAGUUGCAAGCAUCUUGUUGGUUGUUUUUGUCACCGCAACAAGUGAUUAUCGUCAAUCUUUACAAUUCAAGGAUUUGGACAAGGAAAAAAAGAAGAUUGCUAUUCAGGUUACGAGAAAUGGAUAUAGGCAGAAGAUGUCAAUAUAUGACUUACUUCCUGGUGAUAUUGUACAUCUUGCUAUCGGUGACCAAGUCCCUGCAGAUGGAGUAUUUGUUUCAGGUUUUUCUGUGUUAAUUGAUGAAUCAAGUUUAACUGGGGAGAGCGAGCCAGUAAUGGUGACUGCGGAUAAUCCUUUUCUUCUAUCUGGAACUAAGGUUCAGGAUGGAUCAUGCAAGAUGAUGGUUACUACUGUUGGGAUGAGGACCCAAUGGGGAAAAUUGAUGGCAACUCUUAGUGAAGGUGGAGAUGAUGAAACCCCAUUGCAGGUAAAAUUGAAUGGAGUGGCAACAAUCAUCGGUAAGGUUGGACUUUUCUUUGCCAUUGUGACUUUUGCAGUGUUGGUGCAAGGAUUGAUGAGCCGUAAAUGGCAAGAUGGAACUUACUUGAGGUGGUCUGGAGACGAAGCUUUGGAAAUGUUGGAAUUUUUCGCCGUUGCUGUUACAAUUGUUGUUGUUGCUGUUCCAGAAGGGCUUCCAUUGGCUGUAACAUUGAGCCUUGCCUUUGCCAUGAAAAAGAUGAUGAAUGAUAAAGCACUUGUGCGCCAUUUGGCAGCAUGUGAGACUAUGGGAUCAUCCACAUGUAUUUGCAGCGACAAAACUGGGACACUAACUACCAACCAUAUGGCAGUUGUAAAAUCUUGCAUUUGCAUGAAUGUCAAGGAAGUGAACAAACCUCUUGAUGCUUCCAGCUUGUGCUCUGAACUCCCAGAUUCUGCCGUGAAAAUUCUGCUACAAUCAAUAUUUAAUAAUACUGGAGGAGAAGUUGUUGUAAACAAAAGUGGCAAAUCUGAGAUACUGGGAACACCCACUGAUACUGCUUUGUUGGAGUUUGGCUUGUCACUUGGUGGGAAUUUUCAUGCUGAGAGACAAGCAUCUAAACUUCUUAAAGUUGAGCCGUUCAAUUCUGUGAAGAAACGUAUGGGGGUAGUACUGGAGCUUCCUGAAGGUGGUUUACGAGCCCACUGUAAAGGUGCUUCAGAGAUAAUAUUGGCUGCGUGUGAUAAAGUGAUCAAUGCAAAUGGUGAGAUUGUUCCCCUUGAUGAAGCAACCAUUAAUUAUCUUAACGAUACAAUUAAUCAAUUUGCUAAAGAGGCACUACGAACUCUCUGCCUUGCUUAUAUGGAACUAGAAAAUGGGUUCUCUGUUGAGAAUCCCAUCCCAGUUUCGGGGUAUACUUGUAUAGGAGUAGUGGGUAUUAAAGAUCCUGUACGUCCUGGUGUUAAGGAGUCUGUUGCAGUUUGUCGUUCGGCUGGAAUUACUGUACGAAUGGUUACAGGAGACAAUAUUAAUACUGCAAAGGCUAUUGCUAGGGAGUGCGGGAUUCUCACAGAUGAUGGUAUAGCCAUUGAAGGUCCAGAAUUCCGGGAGAAAAGUGAGGAGGAAAUGCUCAAAAUAAUUCCUAAACUUCAGGUGAUGGCUCGAUCUUCACCUCUAGACAAGCAUACUCUAGUAAAGCACUUGCGUACCUCAUUAGGUGAGGUUGUUGCUGUAACUGGUGAUGGAACAAAUGAUGCCCCUGCACUUCAUGAAGCCGAUAUUGGGCUCGCAAUGGGCAUUGCUGGGACUGAGGUGGCUAAAGAAAGUGCUGAUGUGAUAAUUCUAGAUGAUAAUUUCUCCACGAUUGUGACAGUUGCCAAAUGGGGACGCUCAGUUUACAUAAAUAUUCAAAAAUUUGUACAGUUCCAGCUGACUGUUAAUGUGGUUGCAUUGAUUGUCAACUUCUCUUCAGCUUGCCUGACAGGAACUGCACCCCUCACAGCUGUUCAGCUAUUAUGGGUCAACAUGAUCAUGGAUACAUUGGGAGCACUUGCACUUGCAACUGAGCCUCCAAAUGAUGACCUGAUGAAGCGUGCACCAGUUGGAAGGAAAGGGAACUUUAUCAGUAAUGUCAUGUGGAGGAAUAUCUUAGGGCAAUCUUUAUAUCAGUUUGUGGUAAUUUGGUUGCUUCAGUCAAAAGGAAAAGGGAUAUUCCAUCUUGAAGGCCCAGAUUCUGAUCUGAUCCUGAACACACUUAUUUUCAAUUCAUUUGUCUUUUGCCAGAUUUUUAAUGAAGUAAGCUCACGUGAGAUGGAGGAAAUAGACGUUUUCAAAGGCAUACUGAAUAACUAUGUUUUUGUGGCCGUCCUUAGUUGCACUGUAAUCUUCCAAAUCAUAAUAAUUGAGUUCCUGGGAACAUUUGCAAACACAACGCCUCUCACUUUUGCACAGUGGUUCCUUAGUGUAUUCAUUGGAUUUUUGGGCAUGCCAAUUGCUGCUGGCUUAAAGAUGAUCCCUGUAUGAGCCACAUGUGUCAGAAACGGAUGGGGGUAGUACUGGGGCUUCCUGAAGGUGGUUUACGAGCCCAGGGGGAAUGUGCAGAAUAGCACAUUGAAGAGGGAGAAUAUCGUAAGUUAAGAUGUGUUAGAAAGAAAGUUGGAAACUAGUAUCUCAAGUUUAAUAAACUCGAUUUCAAUCUACAGAUCUUGAGUCUUAUAGACUCGAGUUCCAAAAAGUAAAACCUCAAGAUCUGAAGAAAAACAGAGGAAGAACGAUUUGAGGCACGAUUUGAAGAAACGAAGAGACGAUUUGAAGAGGAAGAUCUGAUUUGAAAAGCCACGAUCUGACGAUUUGAAGAGGAAGAUCUGAUUUGAAGAGGCACGAUCUGGUUUUCAAAUCUGCUGUUGAAGAACAAAGAAGAAGAACGAAGAACGAUCUGACACUCCGAAGAACGCAAGGAAGAAGAAGAGAAACUCGAGUCUCAAAAACUCGAUUUCCACAAAUUUUUAUCUUGAAACUCGAUUUUUAGACAGUUGAGAUGCUUUGAAACUCGAGUUUUAAACAUUCGAGAUGCUAGUUUUUAACAUUGUUUUGAAACGUGACAGCUAACUAAAUUUUUUAAUAUUUAAUGUUAUUUGAAAAUAAAAUUCACGAGCCCACUGUGAAGGUGCUUCAGAGAUAA